CAUAAGGGUAUGACUUCGAAAAUAUCAAUCACAAGACAAGUUGUUUUGUUUCACCAAGCAUUGCACCAAGAAAACACGACUUUUUUUUUUUCUCUCCCUAGUAUUUGCACGUGAAUCCCCAAUAAUUUCUCAUGCACCAGUGGGACCUUUAGCCAGCCCUUCCUCUUUUGUUCUCUUGCCAAACCCCAACACCCAAGAAUCUCUUCUUCUCUUCUCUCUUUCUCUCUUCAUUUUACUACUUCACCUUCUCUCUGUCUGCUUUUUCUUUCUUUUUCUGUCUUCAGUGUCCUCAGCAAUGUUGAAAGGAAUGACCCUUUUCUCAUUUAUGCUUUCACUUCUUGUUUUCCUUCUCAUUCUUCACAAUGGGGUUCACUGUUUUGGUGAGAAGAAGCUCCUCAAGCUGCAACAACACUUUCAAUGGAAACAACAAAGGGAUGCUUCAAGUUGUUUGUCUCAGAAAUCAAGAAAGGAGAAAGGUGCAACUAUAUUGGAAAUGAAGCACCGGGAAAAUUGUUAUGGAGGCGUCGAAGACUGGAACAAGUUGCUGCAGAAACGCUUGAUUUUGGAUGAUCUAAGAGUUCAGUCAUUGCAAGCCCGAAUCAAAAACAUGGAUUCUGCCAAAACAGAAGAUGUUUCUGACACUCGAAUCCCCUUAACUUCUGGUGUAGAAAUUGGAACAUUAAAUUACAUUGUUACAGUUGAAUUAGGUGGUCGAAACAUGACAGUGAUUGUUGAUACUGGAAGUGAUUUGACUUGGGUUCAAUGCCAGCCAUGCAAAUCAUGUUAUGACCAAAAGGAACCUCUUUUCAACCCUUCUGCAUCUCCUUCCUACCAAACGGUUUUAUGUAAUUCAUCAACCUGUCAGUCUGCAUUUGCUACCGGGAAUACACGAAACUGUGGGAACAACCUAACAACCUGUAACUAUGUUGUUAGCUAUGGUGACGGAUCUUACACUCGCGGUGAACUAGCUCAUGAUCAUCUCAAUCUAGGCAACACUCCGGUGGACAAUUUUGUAUUUGGCUGUGGCAGGAACAAUAAAGGCCUUUUUGGUGGAGCUUCUGGUCUCAUGGGUCUCGGACAGGGUUCCAUCUCUCUGGUUUCUCAAACUUCUGCAAUGUUUGGAGGGUUUUUCUCCUAUUGUCUGCCAUCGACACAAGCUGGGGCUUCAGGUUCAUUAGUUUUGGGAGGCAAUUCUUCAGUUUACAAUACUUCAAGCCCCAUUUCUUACACUAGAAUGAUUCCAAAUUCACAGCUAUCAACUUUUUAUUUCCUCAACCUUACUGGUGUCAAUGUUGGUGGGGUGACACUACAAGAUUCAAGUUUUGGGAAAGCUGUAACGAUAAUAGAUUCUGGGACGGUUAUCACAAGGCUUCCUCCAACAAUUUACAAGGCCGUCAAGGCAGAGUUUCUGAAACAAUUUUCAGGUUUUCCUACAGCACCAGCUUUCUCCAUCUUGGAUACUUGCUUUAACCUUAGUGCAUACCAAGAUGUGGACGUGCCUAUAAUCAAAUUGCAAUUUGAGGGUAAUGCCGAGAUGAAUGUGGAUAUCACUGGGGUCUUUUACUUUGUAAAGACUGAUGCAUCUCAGGUUUGUUUGGCUCUUGCGAGCCUCUCAUUCAAAGAUGAAAUCGGUAUUAUUGCAAAUUAUCAGCAAAGAAACCAAAGGGUUACAUACGAUACAAAAGAGUCUAAGUUGGGCUUUGCCCAGGAAAGUUGCAGUUUCACAUAAGCAGAAAAGCUGGUACCGGUCCGCAGCCGUUGGAUACCCUAGCAUCUUUUCUUAGAUCACAUUUAUACAGAAGGUAUAGAAAUUACGAUAGCCCACUCAAGACAUCCUGAUUGUGCUCGGUUAAUGGUUAA